UGUACAGACCAUUCUAAGCAUCGCGCAUAUCUGGCGCAAUUUCACGCGGCGCAUCAAUCCGCGCUGCUCUCACUCCUUCCGCCCUUCUCCCAGCGCCCAACCUGCCGUUUGCGCGGGCGCUGCGCGAACACGAGGGCAGUCCCGCAGGGUGCAUGAGUUGCGGGCACGAGGCAGCAAGGUGUGCUUGAGGUUCGAGGCUUGCGUUAGAGAGUUCUGAAUUGGCGCGGCAGGCGCCAUGAAGGUGUACGCGCACUGGGACGGCGACCCGCACUUCACGCUCAUCGCCGUCGUCGCUGAUCGCGCCGUCGCGACGACCGCAGGCGACAAGAGCGGCGUGCGCACAGCGGGCGAGCUGCUCGAGCGAUUCGCCUCCGCCUUCAACGCCAAGCACCCCUCCCAUGCCCCGCUCUCACCCUCGCUUCUCUCCCUCCACAAAGCAAGGGGUCAAUUACUUCCUCCCACUGCGGUACUGAGCAAGGCAGCACAUGACCUCGACGACUUGUUUGUUCGUCAAAAAGUUGCAACGCUCAAACCAUUGCCACCAGCACAGCAGCAGCAGCAGCAGCAGCAGGUGGGGGCGGAGAAGGGUGGGAAGGAGGUAGCAGUGGGAGCGCUGUCCCAUGGCGUGAGCGCCAUGACCGUGGGGCCUCCCACCGCCCGUUCUCCACCUGCUGCCGCCGCCACUCCCUCACCCGCCCCCGCCAGCCGCCCCUCAUCCACUGUGCGCUCUGCGCCUGCUGCCGCCAUCCCCCGAACCCCAGCUGCACCCCUCUCCGAGUCGCCUCUCACCCUGCCGCUGGUGCGCCACGCAGCACAGCAGAUGCUGCACGCGCAGAGGCAGGGCCAGUACAGGCAUGCCAUUCUGUUGGCGAAUCAGCUGCUCGCUGUGGCUCCCAACCUCAAGCUCUGCUACCGGGCUUGCCGCCAUGCACAUGGCCAUAUCCCGCCACGACCGCGCCCUGCCAGUUCUGCAGGCCGCCGUGGAAGCGCACCCAUCAGACGCGCUCUUGGUGCUGCGCCUGGCGCAGGCGACCCUGCACCUGGCGCAGCCCAGCGACGCCCUCUCCCUGGCCGACCGCGCUCUCUCCCUCGCGUCGCAGCAGGGGUGGCCGCAGCACAGCACGCGCAGGAGGGGCGUGGCGGGCCAGGGGGGGGGGCGCGGGGCAUGGUGGGCGUGCUGGGCAGCAGGCAGAGCGCCUCUAGAAUGAUGCAACGGGCGCGGGUCAGCGGACAGCAGGCUGCCGAAAUGUUUGGUCUGCCCGAGGAGGAGGAGGACGACGAUGAGGGGAGGAGUCCCUACGUGGGUGAUCCGCAUGGCGAUCUCUCAUUGGACGACAUUAAGGUGGUGUGUGGGCGUGCGCUGCUGCAGGUGGGGGCGGUGGAUGUGGCAUCAGCCGUGGUGGCGGGUGUGCUGCAGGGCGACGAGCACCACGAGGACGCGCUCGUGCUCUAUGGGGAUGUGCUGCUGCGGCAGACGGCAGGCAAGCAGACGCCACAUGGACAACCAGCGGAAAGCCCCAAUGGCUGUGGAGCACAGAGCGAGGAGAAUGAGGGGGGAGGGGGAGUCAUGCUGCAUGGCUGCGCCGCGCUGCACCUCGCCCUCUCCUUCUGCCACGCCCACCCUGAUUUCCGGCUCGGCCCUAUCACGCUCGCCGCGCUGCUGCCCUUCUUCCAAGGGCUGCCUCUCCACGCAGGCAGCUGCGAGGAUGUUUCGCCCUGCCCGCAUGAGCGGGGCGUGCAGCUGGAGUACCUGCGGUGGUGGGAUGGUGGGGGCUCGCAGGAUGGGGGUGGUGGCGAGGCUGGGGCAAAUGGUAGGGGAGCAGAUGCGUGUGCUGGCAUGGGGACAGACGCAGGUGCGGGAGGAGGAGGCAAGGGCGAGGGUGUGGGAGCAGGGGAGGGCACGGAGGAGUACAGGUCGGAGGAGCUGGACGUGCUGGCCAUGCUCAUGACGGCGGUGAAGGCGCUCUUCCUGGGGGGGGCCGUGCGGCGCGCCAAGGCGCUGGGGGCGCUGGUGGAGCGAGCGCGGGUGGCGUCCAAGGUGCCGCUGCACGAGACGCUCAUCCGCAAUGAGGCCGCUUACUUCGGCUGCGCCUUCCAGCUGCUCACACACUACCCCAUCACACACUCCCUCUCGCACAACUCCCCACCACCACUGUUCCUUGCAGGUCAGCGACAGCCACUGUCUGGCAGCAGCAUGGCGGCGGUGGUGCAUCUGAGGGGCCAGCCACGUCUGCUGUGCCCGCUGCUAAUCACGGGUCUCAAGGCGUGGCACCUGCGCCCCGAGUCAACAUUCUUCCCCAAGGCGUCGUUCCACCGCGCCAUGCAGUGCGUGCCCCCAGGCAGCGAGGUGGUGGUGCUGUUUGGGGAGAUUGACUGCCGUGAGGGCAUCCUCGUGUCCGUCGACCGCAACAAGUACAAUGACGUGGAGGAGGGAGUGGAGGUGACGGUGGACAUCUACCUGGCGGCGCUGCUCUCGCUCAUUGCGGCGCGCGGCUUUGAGAUAUUCGUGCACCCCGUGCCAUCCAUCAUCCCUGACACGCGCCCUCUCGCCCGCAUCUACAACGCCACGCUGCGCCGCCGCUGCCUGGCUGCUGCCGCCUCCCCUGCUGCCGGGGGGCGGCUGCACAUGCUGGACUUCUUCCCCGCCCUGCUCACUCAUGACCAAGAGUCCCUGCGUCCCGAGUUUGAGUUUGACGGAACGCACAUGAAUCCUCGCUAUGUGCCUCUCCUUGACAAGGAAUUGUCGCGCAUCCCUGCACCAUGAUGAGUCAUGAGUCAUCAGCUCGCCAUGCCUUUUUUUCCACUAGGAAUCACACAUGCAUGGGUCGCUGCCUCUAGCCAUGCUGCAGAGCCUGACUGACAGCUAAACAGACCUAUCCAGUCAAGUUCUUUCAGGGGAUGUACGAGGUCAGCUAGUCGUGGGUGGGUACUCAAAUGCCAGGGCGUCAGGCCACUCAGAUGCCGUAGAUAAUCGUUUUCAUUGCUUUAAUAUAUUAUUCAUCCCAAU